ACGGAGUUUUCCAGAAUCUCCACUCUCGUUUUCAGAGGCGAAUUCACCGUUUGCGUGUAAAAGAUACAAACGAAGGGAAAUGUCUCCGUUUUUAAAAAUACCCGUGUACGUGUAAACAGGGCCUGAGUCCAAGUCUGGUUAUUGACAUCUGUCAAAUAAACUCAACUUAAGAUUUGUUUGUUUCAUGGAGCAGUUUUUACUAAAUGCUGCGCAGCUGAAGAUGUUUUUGUAAUCUGCUCAUACUUUGUAGAUUUCUGUUUUCUUAGGUUGCAGCUCAUUGAGCUCUCAGGGCCACCAUACAAGACCACAGUACUGUUGUGUGUCAUGUUUCCUUUACUGGAGUUUAAAGGGGAGUUUAUUUCUCUCUCUCUCUCUGAGGUGGGAGGAGAUGAUUCCCAUUUUAGCCACUAGAUAUUAGUAUUACAUAGAAAGUUACAUAUUGUUACUGUAUUCCAGGGGUCAUCAACUACAUUUGUCCAAGGGCCAGAAUUUAAGAUGAACUGGUAAAAUAAAAUAAAAUUAAUAUUCUAUCCUGUGUAAUAUUAUUAUUAUUCAUAUAUUUUCGUUUCCUUUCCUAUAAUUUGUUAUUUUUUGUCUUUGUUAGUGUUAAAAGUACAAUAUGUAAGAUCUGAAAGCACAGCUCAAAUUCAAACCCUGCAGUCAGACUGAAGUUCAUACAGGUUGUCAGAUUGAAGACACUGAACCUUCACGAGGGCAAAACGAGCUCAACAAGAUUAAUACUUAGUUAAUAAUAUUAUUAUUAAUUACUCAGUGACUUUAUAACUUCCCACAGCAUGUUGUAGUUAGUGGAAACUUUACGAGGGAAAUAGUCACCAUUACCUGCCCGGUCCUCCACGCCGACACUAUCUGACAGCGUCCAUGAGAUUAAACAGAGAGGGACGGAGGAUGAUGGUGGAGAUAUUUGUUGAUUCGCAGAGGAAAUCCGGUGGAAACCCGGAUCAGAACACACAGAACAAACCCCAAACAGACAGCCCAGGCCAUCAAGGCAAACUUCAAAAUAAGAAACAUACUAACUAUAGUAAUUUAUUAAGAAGCUUGUAUUUCCUUAAUCUGUGAUGACACAGCAUGUUCAUUUAUGACGAUGCAGAAACUACCUGACAGAUUGUGCCUUUAACAGACUCGUAUUACCUGUACGGUAGAACGCAUUAUUUUAGGCUAUAUAUUUGCUAACGUGAAGAAGGUGAUGCUGGUGGAUGAGGUGGCUGUUCAAAGUGAAGUGACUGACAUCCACACGCUGGUGACACUGAAGGUGUUGGCCAUGUAUGUGGUCACCAUGUCAGAUCAACAUACACAUGUGAAGCUGUUUUCUCAAAAAUGAGGUGAACUGACUGUCAAAGCAGUCUUUGGAGGACUGUCAAGCCUGAUGUUAAAAAGAUAGUGUCACACACUGUAAAAAAUGUCUGUGAAAAUUACAGGGAAUAACUGUGAAAUGGCAACAGUAUUAAACCAUAAAAGGUAAAAUAGUUUAUUACUGUAGUACAAACAUUAAAUUACCUUAAAUCAAGAAACUGUCAAAAACUUCAUUUUUAACUGUUUUAACAUGUGAAAUAUUGGGUGAAAAACUGUGAAAUGGCAACAGUAUCAGACCGUAAAAUUAAAAACAGUAUAUUGCUGUAUUAUACACAGUAUAAAUAUUAAAUUACCUUAAAGCAAAAAAACUGCCCAAAACUUUAUUUUUUACACUUGUAAUAUGUGGAAAUUGUGGUGGAAAACUGUGAAAUGCCAACAGUAAUAGACAGAUAAAAGGCAAAAUAGUAUAUUACUGUAUUAUAAACAUUACAUUACUUUUAAUGAAGAAACUACCUUAAAUGUUAUUUUUACUGCUGUAAUAUGUGGUGGUAUUUGUGGUGGAAAACGGUGAGAAAUUGCCAUAGGAAUAGACUUUUAUCAUGACAUGGUCAAUGCAAAAUAACACAAAAUGACCAAGAGGCUUCCACGAUGUAUGGCGCAAAACAGACCACAUAAGCUGAGGUGAAAAGCCACUGUGGUUCGUCAUCAUCAAGGAAACGUAUUAAGCAAGAACGUUUGGAAGAAUUUCGACCAAGGAUGUUCUAUUUCGACUCGUAAAAGGGAAUGACAGAAUCAACGUGGUGAACAGGAACAUCACUCGAGACGGAGCUCAAAGACGCACGUGCACGCGCACUUCGAACUCGUGAAGAGAAGAGAAGAACAGACGUUGAGAAAAGAAAGGUAACAGACCCGAGGACCGACCAACUCUUUGUUUGGAAGGUAACAUUUGAUUGCAUUUUAUCAGUAUAGAGAAUUGCCCUUCACUAUCCCUUCAUCUGUUGUUUCAAAUUUUCGUGGUUAACAUUAGGCUGCUUGUAGUUGUGGAAUUAUAUUAGCUACCAGCUAGCCCCACCUGUCCACAAUGAGUCUUAGCCUAUUCGUUUGAACAAGUGUAUAGUGUCGGCAAAGUUUCCACAAUCCCUUAUUGAGUUUGCGUGCCUGUUAUCAGUAGAUAGAAUCCCUCUUCACCAUCAUUUCUGUUGAGAUUAUAUUAUCAUAUUAUCUGUUGUGUCAAGUUUCCGGUUAAUUAGGCUGCUUGCCGUGUGAAAUUAUAUUAGCUACAAGCUAGCCCAUGUGCCCACCUAAGUCAUAUUCGUUUUAACACGUCUCCAAUAUGUCAUUCGUUUGAAAGAGUGUGUUUCGUUUCCACAAGUUCUUGUCGAGUUUGUGUGCCUGUUGUCUUGUUCAGAUUUUGUGGUUGGCUGUUUUAAUCACUAGUUUUACCAUUGCUAGCCUCCAUGAUAAACUCGGUGGCGUUUUAGUAGUCCUGCUUUGGCAAAGUAAAACAUGUUCUAGGAUUGUUCCAUAGUCCAUUUGUCUUGGUUAAUACACAUUUAAGCCCAGUGUUGUUUAAUUGAUACAAGUUCGCUAUAUCAUAAAUGUCUUUGCAGUUGUGGUUUUGGUACUUUGGUGGUACGUUGAAAUGGAGCAGUGUAAUUAAAGUCAUUUAAAUGUGCUACUUUUACUCUGUUCACCAGUUACUUUCCCGCGGUCUGAGGAAGAGGCGUGGCGUAGUCGCGUUUAACCUAUCAGAUGGCAAGUUAUUUUUCAAUCUUUACCGCAUGCACGUUUAGAGGCAACGUAACAAAGCUCACAUGCCCCAUUUGUGUAAAUUCACUUAAAGUUUAGUACUAUUGGUACAGUUACCUCAUUUCAGUGCACUGAAUCAAUCAGUUUUGUGUUUUAGCCUCAGUAACAACAAAUUUAGCUUGAAAUGUUGCGGUGUAAUUUCUGUGGAAAGUCAGUGAAAACAUUGAGAGGUUAUGUUCUUCAUUGUAAACUUCAUAGGAAUGAACCACAUUGUUUGUUUAAGUGUCAGAGCUCAGGUUGUAGUAAGACAUUUUUCAGAUAUGGAGCGUUUAAAGCACAUUUUUACCGUAGACAUAACAUGCCUGAAGCUGUUAAUGUUGGUGCUGUUGUUAGUACUUACAGGUGCCCAGUUGCCUUAUGUGAACACCACUGCCAAGAGAUCAAGAACCUGUUGGCACACCUGAAGGAACAUAUUGCUGAAGGCCGUGAGAGAGAAUGACUUCAAAACAUUUGGGCAUUCAAAGGUUUUCAGUGAAUUGGUGAGUGACCUGAAGGAAUUGGAGGAGACUGGAAUCUUGGCAUCACAUGAAACGAAAUGGACGACAGAGACCAAAGCAACGUAAGAAGUUCCAUUGCCAAGGUUUUACCUGACCUCCCUGGAUCUCUUCUGAACAUUGUGGAUGAGACACUACAGUCAAUAGGGGUGGAGACUACUGAAGAUUUUCAGUUUGUACAAGAGGCUGAUCUCCUUUCUGUGUUACGACCAAUACAAGCAAGAAGACUUGUAGCUUCUUGGAAACAAACCUUUCAGAGCUCUGUAACCCCAAGCCAGCCAGAUGUCACCCCCUCAGCUUCACCAUCACUCCUUCUCACCUCUCCUACCUCCACUCGCUCCUCACACUCACCUUCUUCCUCACCCAGCCAUCUGGUAAGAGUUGCCGAUCGGGUUGACCACUUUGAGAUUCCUUGCGAAAAAUUUCCCGAACCCUUGAUGCAGUAUUUGGAGAGGGGCAAAAGACCAAGCCCAAGUUUACGGCGCGAAAUGAUCCGCAUUGUUGUAACCGAGAUGAUGACGGUUUGUGCAUCUCCCACGAAACAAGCCUCUACAGAAGUUGCCAAAAAGUUAGUUGCCAAGUAUCCUCAGUCCUUGAAAGAUGUGAUAGAAGGUGAAGUAGUGGGACCAGGAUAUCAUAGUCUAGUUAAGCAGCUUCAAGCCCGCAUAGACAACAAGAAGCGACAUUCAACCCCAAGAAUACACAAACGUAAAUCAAAGUCAGAUACUUCUGACACAGAGGAAGUCCCAGCGGAGAAAAAAGCAUCCGUUCAGGACACAUAUGGCUGCAUAAAGUGGGAUGUUAAGUUCAUGCCAGUCACUGAAACGCUUGAGACUCAACAAGAAAAGAAAGAAAAAAUGAAGAUGCUAUAUGAACAAGGCACUUUCAGCCCAGAUGAGGUGAAAACACUUAUGGAAUGCACAUACUACUCCCAACGUAAAGCAAUAAACAAAGGAACAGCUCUUCAAAUCCUGAGGGAGGAAUGGCCUUUUUUGUUUUACGAAAUUGGAAUGUGUGCCCAUUACCAGGAACUGACAGGACUACCACUCAAAGAGACAUUCCUCAAAAGUAUUGAAAAAAAGGGAAAACGGCUCUUGAAUUUUAUGGCAACUGUUUGUGCAAACACGACCAAACGCAUCUUUGAGACAGUAACUAAGCUGAAGUUCCAGAGAGGACAGUUGGAGGGCUGCUCAGAUGACAUCAAGGAUAUGGUGCUUCUGCUUCUUUCCUACUUCAACGAAAAAGAGGAGAGCCUGUUCCACUAUGUUGAAGAAACUUCCCUGGCAGAUGAAGUUCAGGUGGAAUGCUUGCCUGUGACUCCAUGCGUCAUUGUAUGUGGAACCUCCUGCUACAGUGCAAAACUGUUCAUGCUAAGCAUAGAUGGCAAGAUUGUGAAUGACAGCAUCACAAACUUCAUCACUGCCAUCAACUUAAUGUUUGGGAGCUUCUACUGCCUGAACAUCCAUUAUCCAGUCGAGUUGGGAUCAACACUGGAGUUCCUUCAGAGGUGUUUCUUCAACAUCAACCCUGAGAGGGGCACAAAAGUCGAAACGAAGAAACACAAGAAGCAUCUGACGGUAAACCCGAAGGUCCUUACCCUCAUCGCUGAUCUAGCAGAUCAUGAAUGGAGAGAGACUAAUUAACACUGUGGGUCAAGCUCACAUACACACACACACACACACACACACACACCGUCCUACACCUGCUCCAGCAACGCCACGCCUUCAUGAGGGUGCUCGACAUCUACAGGUACACACACACACACCACAUCUUCAUAGCCGCACACAUCCAGUAUUGAGAAAAUAAGGGUUCAAAAAAUGUUCAUACCAUUGUCAGAGUUGCGUUACAGGCUCUUUACAGAAAACUGAAUUUUUCAUGUAAGUAUUUUUCAGAGUUUUUCAUGUAAGUUUCUCUGCCAUUUCUUGUUUUGUGUGGUUUUUAUUUUGUUAUUUUUACAAAGUGUCAAAAGAAUUGCAAUUUAGUCCAGUUUUGUAAACAUAUAUAAAACAUAAUUGCAAGUAAGAGUCAAAAAAGUGUUUCUAACAUUCUCAAUUCUGCGUAACAAAGACAACGCUUUUUGUGCUUUUUAUUUAUUUUUUUAUUUUUUUAGAAAGUAAAAAAA